CAUGGCUUCCUCUCCUUACCCCCUAAAUGUAACCUUGCAGUUAUUAACCUUCCAAUCCACAAAACUGGUUCCGAAAUACGCUUCCAUCUGGUUCAAUUUCCUACAUGUCGUCAUCAAGUUUAGAAUCACGGACAGUAACCUAAAUUAUGCUCGAGUAACCGAGCGCGAGACUGAGAGUGGUAUAGAUAGAGUGAUUUUGUACCUCGCCUCUCAUUAUAUCGUUUUCACUUCCCCACAUGCCUUAUUAUAAAUACAUCUCAUACCGAAUAAUCGAUUUGACUGCACCUUGCAAUGUCUCUCCCGUGCGCCAAUGACGAAUCGGGAUUGACUAAAGGACGAUCUGAUAACGAAACUACAGGAACGACAAGGUGGAAUUUGCAGAGUGACAAAGGCCCCUAUCUCGAAUCCGGCAAUCCGGCUCUGGCCCGGAUAUUGAUGUCACUGCUUCCUGUACCGCUGGACCCGUCCCUUCCAUCACUCGUCAACCCUCAAUUUGGAUUGUCGAAUUUAUGUGACACCAAAUGUUCCGCGUCUGCGGGUCUGCUGCCGUCAGCGCUGCGGGCGGAUGCUUGUGCUGCACGCGCCCCCUCUUCCCCCUCGGAAAUCAUCUUCAUCCCGAAGAAUAGUGUAGGGCGCCCCCGCGAUGCCGCAUAUUGGCAGGAAGCUAGUGUACCGAACCUGCGCUUGCCGUCUGCCCAUCAUCCUUGUCAUAGUCGAGAUUUGUCUUCAUCCCAGCAAACAGGUAACGCAGCUUGGAAACCUUAUGUCAAUAAGAUCGAUAAGCAUAUCUUUAAAAUGUCGAAACCUCACCGUAGAACGGCGAACUCCAUGUAUGCCUACUUCCCCGCAGAUGAUGAUGAUGAUGAUGGGGGUAAUAAAUCAUCCAGCGUUAAUGGUGACUUGCACAAAGCAAUUACCAUCGGCUUUAACAGCUCUUAUCAGUCCUCGAGGUCCUCGAGGUCCCCGCCCACUUCCGGUCUGGCGGGGUGA